UGGUAGCUUCCUAAUCUGUAUUUACUGUCCAAUCCAUCAGUCCCACCAAACACUCAAACCAGCAUCAUCAUGGCUGCCACCGCAGAGGCAACACCUCCUCCUCUCCACGGAGUUCCUACAUCAAAAGAGAAGAGAUAUGACAGACAACUUCGUCUCUGGGCGGCCAGCGGACAGGCGGCGCUAGAAGAAGCUCACAUCUUGCUCAUCAACAAUGGUCCUGGUGUCGUCGGUGUCGAGACUUUCAAGAACCUGAUUCUUCCCGGCGUUGGACAAUUCACCAUACUUGACUCUACUGUCGUCUCAGAGCAGGAUCUAGGUGUCAACUUCUUCCUCGACGAGGAUAGCCUUGGUUCCUUCCGCGCUGAGCAGAGCAGUCGUCUGCUGCAAGAGCUGAACCCAGACGUCAAAGGUCACGCCAUCACCGAGCCCAUCGAAUCCUUCAUCGCCAAAGACGCCGCUCUCAAGCCAUACACGCUCAUCCUCGUUGCCGCUCCCAUCACGCCAGACGUGCUCCAAGUCAUCUCAACACACUGUCAGACACACGCCGUGCCUCUGUUCUACAUCCACUGCUCCGGCUUCUAUUCGCACUUCUCCCUCUCGCUACCUCCCGCCUUCCCCAUCGUCGAUACCCACCCCGAUCCCGCGUCGACCACCGACUUGCGCCUGCUUGCUCCUUGGCCAGAGCUUAUCCAGUUCCAGAAAGAGAAGACAAACAACCUCCAAGCCCUGUCACCUGAGGAUAUCGGCCAUGUCCCAUACCUUCUGCUCCUCUUGCACUUCCUCGAUGAAUGGCGUGCAUCUCACAACGGCCAACCACCUCAGUCAUACCAGGACAAGACGGAUUUCCGCGCCAUGGUCGCAAAGGCCUCACCUCCUGACGAAGAGAACUUUACUGAGGCCACUGCUGCAAUCAUCAAGUCCCUAAAUCCCCCAACCGCUCCAUCAUCAGUUCUCGCCGUCCUUGGUGCCCCCGAGUCGCAGUCUUUGGAUGCCGCCUCCCCCUCUUUCUGGUUCAUCGCCAGCGCCGUACGCACCUUCUAUGCCACCCAUGGCCAACUUCCUCUUCCUGGAGCAGUACCCGAUAUGAAGGCUAGAAGCGCCGAUUACAUUCAAUUACAAAACAUCUACAAGUCAAAGGCCCGCAAGGAUGCCGCCGAUGUAUUGCAGAUUGUUCGAUCACUAGAGUCUGCUGUUGGCCGAAGGGACCCCAUUGAUGAGAAGGAAGUCGAGGCUUUCUGCAAGGGUGCCGCCCAUAUCAAACUCGUCCGUGGAAAGCCUCUUCGUAUUGCACGCGGUGAUGCCCCUCUUCACUGGGGUGAAGAGUUCGCCAAGUCUGCUGUUGAGCAGCUCAACAACUUGACUUUUGGUCUGGACAGUGGCAUCUUGCACUACAUUGCAUUUGUAGCCUGGGACACGUUCGUCGGAAGUCACGACGUCGAUGCACUCGGCGGCGGACCGAGAGUGCCCGGCUCAAACAAGGCUGAACUUGAAGCCGACGAGAAUAAGAUGGUCGGUAUUGCCUCAAACAUCAUGGAUUCUCUAAUCAAGGAGGCCGGGACUUUUAUCGAGAACCCUACUUAUGACGAGCUUAAGGAGAAGAGCGCCAAAAUCGUACGCGAGCUCGUUCGUGCUGGCUCAUCAGAACUACACAACCUUGGCUCGCUCACCGGCGGCAUGGUGGCCCAAGAGGUCAUCAAGGUCAUCACGAAGCAAUAUGUGCCCAUUGACAACACUUGCAUCUUCGACGGGAUUGAGAGCAAGGCAACCGUCCUUCGCGUCUGAGCCACUUCGCAUUUCACGACUUUUACAAAAGAAUGGUGUUUACAAGGGAUAUUCAUGGCUAUCAAGAAAGCAUAGCGAGGCGUUUUCGAUUUUGGGCUUUCUCUUCAUCACCUUUUUGGUCAUGCUAUUAGAUCUAGCUAGACCUCAAGAAGUGGCAUACCAGCUGCAUCAAAUGCAUCAUGUAAACGU